CAGCAUUUCUCUUCUAAGCAUCCAUCGAUCACUAACAACACAAUCAAUCACAAGUUCGUGCUUCGCUCCAUCUCUAUUUUCUCUCUCUACAAGUAGACACACGGUCCCCUCCCCCUCCUCCCUAUCUCUCUCCACUUUCUGGGUUUUGUACAAGUCUGGAGAAGAGAGAGAUACAAGCUUCUGUGUCCAUUAAUGGCUUCGAAUUCGGACUUACCGGAGGGAACAGUGCAGAACAUACUGGACCAAGAGAGUUUGAAGUGGGUCUUCGUUGGAGGCAAAGGGGGUGUGGGUAAGACCACAUGUAGCUCCAUAUUGUCGAUCCUUCUCUCUAGGGUUCGAUCCUCUGUUCUCAUAAUCUCCACCGACCCUGCUCACAAUCUUAGCGAUGCCUUUCAACAACGGUUCACUAAGACACCUAUUUUGGUCAAUGGAUUCACCAAUUUGUACGCCAUGGAGGUAGAUCCCAAUGUGGAGAAUGAAGACCCACUUAAUUCGGAUGGAAUGGAUGGUUUUUUGUCUGAGCUUGGAAAUGCCAUUCCUGGUAUUGAUGAGGCUAUGAGCUUUGCGGAGAUGCUAAAAUUGGUGCAAACAAUGGAUUAUUCUGUAAUAAUAUUUGAUACGGCUCCCACUGGUCAUACGCUCCGGCUACUACAAUUUCCAUCAACAUUAGAGAAGGGUCUCAACAAAAUGAUGGCAUUGAAGAACAAAUUUGGUGGCUUGUUGAGUCAGAUGACUCGUGUCUUUGGCGCUGGUGAUGAAUUUGGUGAGGAUGCAAUCAUGGGAAAGCUUGAGGGCAUGAAAGAUGUGAUUGAACAAGUGAACAAGCAGUUUAAGGAUCCGGACCUGACAACCUUUGUCUGCGUAUGCAUCCCGGAGUUCCUCUCUCUGUAUGAAACAGAGAGACUGGUGCAGGAACUCGCUAAAUUUGAGAUAGAUACACAUAAUAUUAUUAUCAAUCAAGUAAUUUUUGACGAAGAAGCUGUUGAAUCGAAGUUGCUGAAAGCUAGAAUGAGCAUGCAACAAAAAUACCUUGAUCAGUUCUACAUGUUAUAUGAUGACUUUCACAUCACUAAAUUGCCAUUGCUCCCUCAAGAGGUUACUGGGGUUGAAGCUCUAAAGGCAUUUUCAGAUAAUUUUGUAUCACCAUAUCAACCUUCCAUCAUCCGAGGCACAGUGGAAGAGCUGCAGCAAAGGGUAUCAACACUCAGGGAACAGUUAAAGGAUGCUGAAGCGGAACUAGAAAGGCUAAGAAAAGGAAAGCAAAAGGUCUGAAUGUAAUAUGCUCUCAGUUGUUAUCUUUUGCCUUCCCUUUGCAUGUGCCAUUUUUUCGUGAAGUUUUUCCAGAUAAAUAUCACUUAUACUGCUGAGAUAGGUCAAUUUGUACAAUGUGUUCGAUUCAUGUUUGGGGAAUCAUAAUUUAAGUCCCAAAAGUUUAUUGUAUUUUAAAUGAGCAUAAAUGCGUUUAAUUACGAUUAUUAUGUAUGGGUUAUGUUCAGUACCAUCUGAUUGAUGUAAACUAAUAAUGCAGCAAGUAGGAUUCAUUUGCAGUUCUGUAACCCUGAGCUAUCUUCUUCAUUGGAUUCAGCAACCUUUGUUUCCUCGACUCAUUGGUAUAGCGCCAGCUUGGCAAGGUUGUUUGGUUGUGAACUAGGCAUCACACGGAAACACUCUUCUAAGACUGCAUACAUCCAACCUUUUCACACCCUGCUUCGGCCAUAGCACUGGGACGCCUUUUUACGUUAUUGAUUACAAGCUAAUUCGUUGUGGAGCAAAUCAUAGAUACAGUAUACAGAUAUAAAUUACCCUAUGCACUGUGUUGCUGCAUUUGAAGUUUGCUCAUGACUUUCUUGGUUAUGAUGGAAGAGCAAAGCAUUUGUGGCAUACUUUUUCACUUUUGUGUGAGAAACUAAGGGCCACACAAGGAAGAAUUUCUUGGAGGCCAGUGCCAUACUAAGCUGAAUCUGACAUAUUUGCAAGUAGCUUUUCAAGGCUUGGCCCUGAUACAAGAAAGGGAGAUUGAAAGAG